UUUUGGCUCAAACAAAGUCAGAAACAUUUUAUCCUCGAGAAAUUAUUUUAAAUUCUAUCCAUUAAAUGCCAUGCAAAAGUGCGCAGGGCGGUUUCCCGGUUUCCUUGAGUAAACGUCCAAUGCCACUGUAACUUUUUCUUCUUAUACUUCGCGUGAGUUGAUAGCUAAAAGUAAUGACUAAAAUCCCCAGCUGAGCUCCAUUGACAGCCAGGCUAUCUAGACGUUUGCUAAAUUUAGCUCUGCUGUUUGUUUGAACCUCCGCGAUGGGGGGCUGCUCCGCUCCAAACUGCUCCAAUUCAACCAGCAUCGGUAAACAGCUGUUUAGGUUCCCCAAAGACCCUGUCCGGAAGAAGAAGUGGGUGGUUAACUGUCGACGUGACUUCGAGCCAACUCCUCACUCCAGACUCUGUCAGGAUCACUUUGAGCAGAGCCAGUUUGAGGAGAUUGCGAGGUCUCCAGCUGGAGGAAAGAAGCUGAAGCCCAAUGCCAUCCCCACUCUGUUCAGUAUCGGAGACCCUCCUUACCCAGCAGUCACUAUUCCAUACAUCUUGCUUCCCAUGAAACCUGAACCAGUGGAGAAGGAGCUGAAUUUUGGGGAUCAUGGCUAUGCCAGACGCACCCCUCUGCCUGGCCUUGAGGAGGAGGAUGCAGACAGGAAUGCUGAGGACCAGCAGCCCUGCACACAGUGUCAUCUCCUCAAGAAACAGCUGGAACAGGAGAUGCAGCACACUGCGAGGCUACAGAAAGAGGCAGAGGAGAUGAAGAAGCGUCUCUAUCGGCUCGACCGGAUCGAGAAGGGUCUCCAGAACUUUCUGUACGAGGACCAGAUUCGUGCCCUGUCCCUCACCAAACGCUCCCGACGUGCCGUCUGGUCUCCAGAGACCAUCCUGAAGGCCCGAAAAAUCCGCUGUGCAGUCGGCACAAAAGGUUACGAGUACUUGCGAGAGCUUGGAUACCCUUUGCCCUCAUACAGGACUCUGUGUAACCGCCUGGAGACUAAAAUCAUGGUGACGACUGACAUGAGCUGUGAGGAGCUGGCAGAGCUGGGGCUGGGUCUCAUGGCCACCUGUGACAGUCCCACAGAGGGUGUGGGGGACAAUGAUGAGGAGGAACUGAUAGGUGUUUUGUCCUGAUCGUGGCUGUUUCAGUGACUGGGGAGAAUUUGCUGUGGCUGCAAAUGUGACUUCAAAUAACUGAAGAAGGGCACAGUACGCGUCUUAUAUCUCAUUCAUGAAAGACUUAAGCUUCAGUAUAAAUGUAUGCUUUGCUUGACAGAUUGUGAGUUGGCUCAUUUGAGUUGUCACCGCUUGUGAUCUGCACCACUAAGACAUGGCUCUGCUCAACUAAGGUCUGAUGCUUGGGCGUGCAGUUAGCUAAGGAUUAUGCUUAUGGUGUUUCUUACCAUGAAGAUGCUAAACAACAGUGUGCGCUACAACGUGAAGAGAUGUCUGCGACUAAGAAGGCUACCAAGGAGAGUGGAAAAUGAAGACAUAACUUGCACAAAGCCUGUUGACUUUGCUGCUUGUGCUACAGCUAAUUCAACAUGUUUCACAUGCACAGUAAACGCUUGUAGUAUUCAACAUGCUCAAAUGUUCUGAGAGCAGCAUUGAGUAUUCCAAUAUUACAAAGACGUUGGCAUGUAAACAUUUAACACUAUAAACUGUUUCCCUGUACAUUAUCCAAGCUUUAUUUUUGUUGUGAGAGUUCGUCCCAAGGUAUUUAUCAUUCGAUGGUGUGUGUAAAGCAGCAUAGCACACAACUCGGAUGAAAGUGUUUAGAAAAAUGUUUGCAUUUAAUCGGCAGGAUGUGAUCUCAAUUAUCCACUUCCGCAAAUCCUUCAAAUGCUGCCAACAAAUAAGGGGUGAUUUUAUUCAUAUGAAAUUUUAUGGAGUACACCAGGGAGCGCCUCCUCAGAGGAAUAAAAAGUGAACCCUCUUCUGGUAAAUAACAGCUUGUAGUGUAAUUCCGUACUAGAUGGACUGUGAAUUUCUGGUUUGAAGUGUUGCAGUGCAGUUGUAGUUACCACAAAGGGUAUAAAAAAAGUACAGGUGAGUCACAGUAAGUCACAUAGCAUUCACUAUUUAAAAGUACACUGGCGCUGUGAGAAAAUAAAGUGACUGUAAGGAA